AUCCAUUUAUUGAAACAUAUUGCUCAGAUCCUGUGUGUCGUAACUGGAGCUGAUGCAGUGCUAUAGAGAACUAGAGGAGUAGCCUGGAUAUUAGCUUGUCUUCCAGAGAACAGAGUCAGUGUUCCACUCUUCUGCAAUGGUUAAUUCACACGGAAAGCCAAUAUUUAAUAUUUACAUAGGAUUUUACUGCUUAGCAGUCAUCUUGCCCAAAAUAUGCAUUUGUUCUCAAUUCUCAAUGCCAUCUAGUUAUCAGUCCAAUAAGGAUCCUGGGGCUUUCCCAGUAGCCACCAAUGGGGAACCAUUUCCUUGGCCGGAGCUAAGGCUCCCCAACAUGGUCACUCCCCUCCACUAUGACCUUUUAAUCCACCCCAAUCUCACCUCUCUGGACUUUGUUGCAUCUGAGAAGAUUGAGGUCUUGGCCAGAGACACCACCCAAUUUAUCAUCCUGCACAGCAAAGAUCUUGAGAUCACGAGUGCCACUCUUCGGUCAGAGGAAGAUUCAAGAUACAUGAAACCAGGGAAAAAGUUGCAUGUUUUGAGUCAUCCUACUCAUCAACAAAUUGCACUGCUGGUUCCGGAGAAACUCAUGCCCGGCUGGAAAUACUACGUGGACAUUGACUUCCAGGCCAAGUUAGCGGAUGGCUUUGCAGGGUUUUAUAAAAGCACGUACAGAACUCUUGGUGGUGAACAAAGAACAAUUGCUGUAACGGAUUUUCAGCCGACCGAGGCACGCAUGGCCUUCCCUUGCUUUGACGAACCAUUGUUCAAAGCCAACUUUUCAAUCAGGAUCAGAAGAGAGAGCAGACACAUCGCGCUAUCCAACAUGCCAAAGGUUAAGACAAUUGAACUUGAAGGAGGCCUCUUGGAAGAUCACUUUGAAACUACUGUAAAAAUGAGUACAUACCUUGUAGCCUACAUAGUUUGUGAUUUCACGUCUGUGAGUGGCACAACCUCAUCAGGGGUCAAGGUGUCCAUCUAUGCAUCCCCAGACAAAUGGAGUCAAACACAUUAUGCUUUGCAGGCAACACUGAAGCUACUUGAUUUUUAUGAAAAGUACUUUGAUAUCAACUAUCCACUCUCCAAACUGGACCUAAUUGCUAUUCCUGAUUUUGGGUCUGGAGCCAUGGAAAAUUGGGGCCUUAUUACGUAUAGAGAAACAUCACUGCUAUUUGAUCCCAAGACGUCUUCUGCUUCUGACAAACUGUGGGUCACCAAAGUCAUAGCCCAUGAACUAGCACACCAGUGGUUUGGCAACCUGGUUACAAUGGAAUGGUGGAAUGAUAUUUGGCUUAAUGAGGGUUUUGCAAAUUACAUGGAACUUAUCUCUGUUAACGCUACAUAUCCGGAGCUGCAAUUUGAUGACUCGUUUUUGGAUGUGUGUUUUGAAGUAAUUGCAAGAGAUUCACUGAAUUCAUCUCGCCCUAUCUCCAAACCAGCAGAAACUACUACUCAAAUACAGGAAAUGUUUGAUGUAGUUUCCUAUAACAAGGGAGCUUGUAUUUUGAAUAUGCUCAAGGAUUUUCUGAGUGAAGAGAAAUUCCAGAAAGGAAUAAUUCGCUACUUAAAGAAUUUCAGCUACAGAAAUGCGAAGAACGAUGAUCUGUGGCACAGUCUAUCAAAUAGUUGUUUAGAAGGUGAUUUUACAUCUGGUGGAGUUUGUUAUUCUGAUUCCAGGAUGACAAGUAACACACUCGCCUCUUUGGGAGGAAAUGUGGAGGUCAAAGAGAUGAUGAGUACGUGGACUCUCCAGAAAGGCAUCCCCCUCGUGGUGGUUAAACGAGACGGGCGUUCACUCAGACUGCAACAGGAGCGCUUCCUGAAGGGCGUUUUCAAAGAGGAUCCCGAAUGGAGGACCCUGCAAGGAAGGUAUCUGUGGCACAUUCCACUGACCUACUCCACGAGUUCCUCUAAUGCAAUUCACAGACACAUUCUAAAAUCAAAGACAGACACCCUGGAUUUACCUGAAGAGACCAGCUGGGUGAAAUUUAAUGUGGACUCCACUGGAUACUACGUUGUUCACUAUGAGGGGAACGGAUGGGCCGAGCUCACCGCACAGCUCAAUCAGAACCAUACACUUCUCAGACCUAAGGACAGAAUAGGUCUGAUUCAUGAUGUGUUUCAGCUGGUUAGUGCAGGAAGGUUGACCCUGGACAAAGCCCUCGACAUGACCCGCUAUCUCCAGCACGAAACUAGCAGCCCUGUACUUCUCAAAGGGCUGAGCUACUUAGGAUUGUUUUACCACAUGAUGGACUUAAGGAAUAUUUCAGAUGUCUCAGAAAACCUCAAGCAUUACCUUCUCCAGUAUUUUAAGCCAGUGAUUGACAGGCAAAGCUGGAGUGACGAGGGCUCAGUCUGGGACAGGAUGCUUCGCUCUGCUGUCUUGAAGCUUGCCUGCGACCUGAACCAUGCUCCUUGCAUCCGGAAGGCAGCUGAACUCUUCUCUCAGUGGAUGGAAUCCAAUGGAAAAUUAAAGUAGAUCUACACUUCUGUCCUA